GUGAAUCAGCGAAACGUCCCCGGGAUUGAUAAUGCUUACUUGGCCAUGGACACGGAGGAAGGCGUGGAGGUGGUGUGGAACGAGGUCAUGUUCUCAGAAAGGAAGAAUUUCAAACUACAAGAGGAAAAAGUCAAAGCAGUUUUUGACAAUUUGAUCCAGCUGGAACAUUUGAACAUUGUGAAGUUUCACAAAUACUGGGCAGAUGUCAAAGAGAACAGAGCGAGGGUCAUUUUCAUCACUGAGUACAUGUCCUCAGGAAGUCUCAAACAGUUUUUGAAAAAGACGAAGAAGAACCACAAAACAAUGAAUGAAAAGGCCUGGAAGCGCUGGUGCACACAAAUACUGUCUGCUCUCAGCUACCUGCACUCCUGUGAACCUCCCAUCAUUCAUGGCAACCUGACAUGUGACACCAUCUUCAUCCAGCACAACGGCCUCAUCAAGAUUGGCUCAGUUGCUCCAGACACAAUCAAUAACCAUGUGAAAACCUGUCGGGAAGAGCAGAAGAGCCUUCACUUCUUUGCUCCAGAGUAUGGAGCUGUUGCCAGUGUUACCACAGCCGUGGAUAUCUAUUCCUUUGGAAUGUGCGCCUUAGAGAUGGCUGUGUUGGAAAUCCAGAGUAAUGGAGAUUCGUCUUAUGUGUCCCAAGAAGCCAUAAACAGUGCCAUUCAGUCCCUGGAGGACCCAUUGCAACGGGAAUUUAUCCAGAAGUGUCUGGAGGUCGACCCCAGUAAGCGACCCACAGCCAAGGAGCUGCUGUUUCAUCAGGCCUUAUUCGAGGUGCCCUUACUGAAGCUGCUGGCUGCACACUGCAUCGUCAGCCACCAGCAUAUGAUUCCAGAAAAUGCUUUGGAAGAGAUGACCAAGAACAUGGACCCUAACUUGGUGAUUGUUGAGGCCAAGGAUGGAGUUCAGAUGAAGCUCUCUCAGUUUCCUGCCCUUGAGCUGGACAAGUUCCUGGAAGAUGUAAGGAAUGGGAUCUAUCCUCUGACUGCGUUUGGGGUCCCAUGUCCACAGCAACCCCAGCAGGAGGCGGUGAAGUCGCCCAUAGUGCCCCCCUCAGUGAAAACCCCAACUCCUGAACCUGCAGAGCUUGAGACCAGGAAGGUCCUUCAGAUGCAGUGCAAUAUUGAGCCUGUUGAUGAGGGCACCAAGCAUCAUCUGACCCUGCUGCUGAAACUUGAGGAUAAGUUGAACAGGCACUUAAGCUGUGAUUUGUUACCAAAUGAGAGCGUGCAGGAGCUGGCUGUGGAGCUCGUUCAGCUGGGAUUCAUCAGUGAGGGCGAUCAGCCACGACUUGCAUCAGUUCUUGAAGAGGCCUUCUCAAAGUUCUACAGCCGUAAUGGUUCCCUCAAUCCGGUGACUGUUUCCUCGUAGCGGAGGACUCACUAGGCCUUCUUUCAGCCCUCCUCGUCCUCUACAACAGGACUAGCUUUUUGCUUCACCACUGAGUUGCAGGAAAGCCUUUGCGAGGACAGAGGAGGAAGCCUUGGUCUGGUUGCAGAUCCUGCAGCCUGUUCUUGUAUCUUCUGGUGGGAAAAGCUGCCACUAAGUGGUUGUCGCUUUCUAUCUUUUUUUUUUUUUUCCCCUCCCACCCAAUACAGCCAUCUGCUUCUCUUUUAAAAGGGGAAAUCCUAGUUGCAACUUAAUGGAAAAUACAGAUGUUUUCACUUUUUUGGCUUUUUGUUCUUCUGAAGUAGUGAAGAAAUGGUGGAGGUGAGCCACAUAAAACUGUAUAACAGCUGUAUUUUCCUUAAGUCAGUAUUAAAACUGUAUUUUAAACAUUUUUACUUACAAUUGUUAAAUAGUUGUCUGUAUGAAGAAAAAAAAGAUCUUUGUCCCGGCAUACUGAAGUGUAUGUAUUAUGGUGUUGUAAGGUUAAUUCUGGUUGUCUGGUUGUCUUUCUCUUGAGCAGCGAGUGAGGCAUCUUCCUACCUUGUAUCAGUUUUUUUCCCCCGAAGACUCUCGAAUGCAUCAAGUUAGUAAUGCAACAGAUGCAACGUCACUUUUACUUUAAAAAAUUCUGUAAUUAUACAACGUAGUCAUGAAACAUGCAGCUGCAACACAAUCGGAAGAGCUACAGCUAAAGUAUAAAACUAUUUAUUUGUGUGUCUUUCCUUGAGUGUGUUCUGUAAUUCACUUCCAGCACUAAGGCCGGUGGUUUUUUGAAUGUAUGCUUUUAGUUGCUCUCUUUCUUUAAAUCAAGCUGUUAUUUUCUGUGGAAAAAACGGGGGUGUCGUCACUUGACUGUGGUCCAAUUACUACUGUAGCUUCUGUUUUUUACAAGUAGCCCAUUGCAGCACUUACAGAUUAGGACUAGGUCAAUAAAAAGUUGUCUUUAGGUGGCGUUUCACACAGGAGAAGGUGGUUAGAUCUAUGUGAAGAUGCUUUAUGCGUUCAAGCACGUGAUCUGACGGAUGUUUUUGUCAGCAGGUUUGGUUGAAUGCAUGUGUUGCUUUUCUGUGUCUAAAUGGAAACUGGUGCAUGCAACAAGCUUGCUUCUGGGGUUGGUUUGGUUCGCAUUUUAAUGAUGAUGGUGAUAGAUUUAAAGUAAUUUAUCAUGCGGAAGAAGUUAUGUCAGCCUAGACCCAUCGACAUUUAGAUUCUGUGGCUCUGAAUCAGUAGUUUCCUUCAUGGCUGAGAUAUUGUGUGCGACACCACAGCGAAAAACUUGCCCUCCCACGUAGAUAUUCAGUUAUUGGCUCGGACCACCCUUCUAUGUUAACUGUUUUGAAAUCUCUCUGCUAGUUUGCACUGCUGUACACUUUUAUAUCCUGUAUGAAAUGUCCCGUGGCCUCUAGCUCCUGCACACUAACAGGAGGAACUUAGAUGAAUUGGAAAUGGUGUCAUUAAAAAAAAUUUAGUCCGUGAUCCAGUCUCGUCUACUCUAUGCUGUGACUACCUUCUGACAGGGUCUGUAGAUACUGCGAGAUACAAGUGUGGGGACUGCCUGGCAUGCUUGUAACCAUCUUGUACACUGUAUGCUGGACACUGUGCUCUGUUUCUGCAACGCAUUUACCCUCUUUUUUCACUUCCUGAAAUAAAAAUUUACAGCACUUCAA